AUGUCAAACGUCGAGUACCGUACUACUGGAGCGACAUUACGGACACCUUUAUCUAUCGGGUAUUUGCUAGCACGCGUUUUACCAGCCAUCGCUUUUACAUUAGACAUGUAUCGUCGAAACGGCGAGCCCUUCGGAAUAAACGAAGCACUACUUGCAUCUGCACUAGCUGCUAUGGUAUUUCCUCUCCUCUCCUGCCAACCGCUCACCAUUAUUGGAGUCACUGGUCUAAUAGCCCUUUUCAACUACACCAUAUACGACAUUAUCGAGAUGUACGACCCUUCCAUCUACCCGGCUUUCACAGCAUGGGUUGGUAUCUGGGCAGCGAUCUUCCACUGCAUUGUUAGCUUUGGCAAUUACUGCGAUUACAGGGCAUAUGUUACGAACUUCUCUAGCAAGUGGUUCGGCAUAUACGUAGGUGUCAUCUAUUGUGUCUCAGACUUUGAAAGUGGUUAUCUGUCCAUCGUAAUCGCCAUGCUCUUCUUCGUCUCCGUCUAUGGCCUAGGGAAAAUCGGUGACAGCUCGGUCUGGAAGCCUUGGACCAGUGGACCACUCCUCACCGUCCUGAGUACCAUGCCUGCAGCUGUGUUCGCUGGCGUGUUCUUCGUGGUUGGGUGGGGCUCUAUCAAAAGCAACGGUAUCCUCGCGAAGUUCUGGUACCUCAACUCAGAAAAGCGCUUCGUCGACCCAAAGAACCCGCUCAACGCCGUUCCACGUAGGACGAUCUGGCAGUACAUCGACCUUCAAGCUCUCGGCGUUGCUUGCACCGUUGCCAUCUCGCAGACCAUCGCCGCCAUAGGUUUUCCAAUCUUGAUCAUCGCCCUCAUAUCACUGCGUACAUUCCUCAUGCUAAAAUGGUUCACUGAGCACGACUACUCAGCUCUUGAUGCGCUUACGGCGAGCGAGCUGCGGGUGAUGUUGAACAAGGCGAUGGUUACGAUUUGA